AUGCGAGCAGAAUUUCAGAUUUUAGAAGAAGAAAUAGAAGAAAAUUAUGAACCUAGUCGAGAGGGUAAAUAAACACAACCAUUAUUUAGAAAUUCUUGAAUAUGCUGAAUGUUUAGGUUAUAUAACAUCAUAAUUAUGAAGGCAUGUCUCCAAGAAGUGAUACUAAAUAUUUUCAUAUAGCCAGAGAAGGAUUAAAGACACCUCUACCUCCUCCAUGGAAACCAGCCUAACUUAGAAAUGGAGAUAUUGUCUAUUACAAUCCAGUUACUAAGAUUCUACAACAAGAACAUCCAUUAGAUGAAUAUUUUAAGUAAAACUUAUUCAAAAUUAGAGACGUAAAUAUAUAGAAGAAAAAAAGAAAGAUGUUUAAAAUAAUCAACAAUCAAAAACAUCUAAAAAAUUAAAAGGUCUUUGUGAAUAACUUAGAGAUACUACUACAACUUAAGAAACUUCAUAAAAAACUGAUAAAAAAUUAUCAUAAAAAGCUGAUGCAACUCCAAAUAAUUUAUCCGAUAUACCUUUAUUGAAUGAAAGUCUAUUCUUAUAAGAAUAAUUCGAAUUAAUUGAUAAUUAAUUUAAAUUUGAAUUAACCUAAUAUGAAAAAGAAUAAGAGUCUUUUUUAAUGCUCUAUAAAAUGAAUAGAGCUAAAUAAUUUGAAUAGGAAAAAUCUGAUAUCUCAGAUUCAUCUUUUGAAGAACAUUCCAUUAACAUUCCUGAAAAGGCUCUUUAAAUUAGAUAAAAAUUUAUUAAUCAAAAAGAAGAUAUAAAAUUAAAAAUUUAAGAAGAAAUUGAUCAGAAAUAUAUUACUGAAUACUCUAAGUUAUCUGAAUAAUCUAAUUCUAAAUUAAUUGAAUACAAAACUGCUAAAUCUAUAAAAAAUUAACAAAGAAUUUUAUAGUUGUAAACAGAUUGGAAUUCUAAAAUACUAAAUUUUUAAUCAAAAAUUAAAUCAAUUUAACAAGAAUUAGAAAAUAAAAAACUACAAUAACAAACAAUAAUCUCUUAAGAAUAAUCUAAUUUAUAAGCUAAAUGGUUUAAGUUACAAGUACAAUAUGAAAAUUCAAUACAAAAAGAAUAUCAAUAAAUUCUACUUAAUAUGGAUGCAAUACUAAAAUAAAAAAAAACUGAUAUUGUUCUCUAAUUUAAAUAAUAAAAACUCUAAAAAUCUUAAGAAUUACAUAAUCAAUAUAAGGAAAACUCAGAAUUUAGCCUUAAGAAAAGAUUGAGAGAAAUUUAUAAAGAAAAAUUAGAAUUGGCUAAAGUGACUAAUCUACAUGAUAUGGAGAAUGAUUUAAAAUAAGAAGAAAUUUCUUAAUUUGAAUAAAUGACUGAAAAUAUUAUUAAUUAUAAGAAUAUGUUAAGAAACAAUUUUGUAAAAUUAAAAUAACAAUAAAUUGAUAAUGAAAGAAUUUACAUGAAUAAUUAUUAUAAAGAAUAGCUUUAAGCUUAUAAAGUUGAAACAUUUAAAAAUACAGAGCUUUAAAUUUAGAAAUUAGAAUUAAGUUAAAUAGUUAUGGCAAAUUAAAGUUUAUCUUAAUUUGACAAUUCUCAAUUAAAAGUACAAAUAAACCCUGAUAUAAGAAUUCAAAAAAAAGAAUUGGAACUUCAAAUAUAAGAAUAUAGAACCAGAAGAGAUGAUUUAAAAGAUAAAAUUAUGAAUCUAGAAUAAGCCAAAAAAGAUGACGAUUUCUUAAUCAAGUAUAUAUUGAGCAAAUAAUAAGGGUUUUAAGUUAGAAUGAUAAAAUCUAUUUUCUUUAAUAAUCUCUAUAGGAAUAAGACAAUAUCCUAAAUGAGUUAACAAAACAGUAUGCUACUCAAUCUUUUGUAAAUGAUUAAGCAUAUCAUUCAACACCCAAAAUCAUGAAUCAAGAUUAAUGGAUUAAUAAUGUUGAAAAAGAAAUCUAAUGGUUAGUAUUACAAAAAGAAAGAUUGAAAUAUGAUAAAAAGAAACUUUAAAAAAGUUAUGAAAAAUUAAGCUUAUUGGUAUCAACAAAUGAAUAAGUCGAUAAUUAUAAUAAGUGUGUUAAUAUUGUUAGAAACAAUUAAUAAAUUUUGAAAAAUUGUGAAUAUAUCAUAACGUAUCAUAAUAAAUAAUUUUAGGCAACUCUAGUAAAAUUGUUCUCAAUAUAAAUAAACAAAACUAAUUUAAUAUCUUAAAGAUAACGACAAGUUAUUAGAAGAAUUACAAACUUAAAAAUAAUUAAUUCAAAAUAUUAGCCAAAUACAAUUAGAUACAUAAUUUCCAAUUUAUAAGUAAGUAAGCCAGAGUUUUCAUUAAAGUGAUUUUGAUUAAAGUUAUUUGAAAUAAUAAACAAACAACCAAAAAUAAUUACUUCGUGAUAUCAGAGAUAGUGUACUAAUUCAAUAUAUAUUUAGUUAAACAAAUCAAUGCUUUCUAGGAUGUAUUGA